AGAGAGAGGGAGGGAGAGGGUGAGGGAGAGAGAGGAAAAAAAAAGAAAACCCGAGCCGAGCACCCUGCGCGGCCGGAGCGAGCCGGCUUCAUGCUUCUUCGCGCGGGGUCGUGUUUGAUUUCUAUCCUUUUUCUUUCUGUUUUUUUGUAACCCGGUGAUAAAUAAAAGGAGAUGAAGGGACUCCUGCCGUUUUACCGGGGCCUGUGCACCCUGAGUAACCGUCAAGCCAGACGAAAAGCUGGGAUUGUCGGUUCUAGGUGCGGGUUUUGCGGAACUCAGUCUAAUAGCAAGGGCCCAUAUUAUGCCACAAUGCAGAGCCAAGCCCUGUCACUACCACAGCCAAGCUUUGGGCUGUUGUUCGACAUUGAUGGCGUGCUUGUCCGUGGGAGGAUGCCAAUCCCUGCUGCAAAAAAGUCGUUUGAGAAGUUGGUCGACUCUCAGGGACAAUUUGUGGUGCCAGUUGUUUUUGUCACAAAUGCAGGGAAUUGCCUCCGACAAACAAAAGCAGACCAGCUCUCUCACAUCCUGGGAGUGCCUAUUACACAAGAUCAAGUCAUCAUGUCCCACAGUCCCCUGAGGAUGUUUAAGAAGUUUCAUGACAAGUGUGUGCUGGUGUCAGGACAGGGACCAGUGCUGGAAAUCGCUAAAAAUGUGGGCUUUAAGAAUGUUGUCAGUAUUGAUAUGCUGAGGGAAUCAUUCCCAUUGCUGGACAUGGUGGAUCACAACAGGAGACCCAAACUGCCGUCCAACCCACUUGGGAACCUUCCUAAGGUUGAAGCUGUGAUUCUGUUUGGGGAGCCAAUCCGAUGGGAGACCAACCUGCAGCUGAUAAUUGACCUCUUGUUGACCAACGGUAACCUCAGCAGCAUUCACAAAACCCAAAAGAUGUCUCACCUCCCCCUGCUGGCCUGCAACAUGGACCUCAUGUGGAUGGCUGAGGCACAUUCUCCACGGUUUGGCCAUGGGACAUUUCUUGUGUGCCUAGAGAACAUCUAUAAGAAGAUAACUGGUCAAGACCUGAAGUAUGAUGCCCUCAUGGGAAAACCCAGUGAGCUGACCUACCAUUUCGCUGAGUACCUCAUCAGAAGCCAGGCCAUGCAGAUGCAGUGGAAACAUCCCGUCACUUCACUUUAUGCUAUAGGGGAUAACCUUAUGACUGACAUCUAUGGCGCCAACCUAUACAACCGCUACCUGGAGGAGAGAGUUGCUAGAACGAACCCCAAAGCCAUUGCUAAGAUGGUGACCGCCACAGGGUCCGCCACUACCGUGCCCCAGGAGGAGGAGAUCGACAACAUGUGGGAGAGCGAGCUAGCGCUGCCCGCUGCCACCUCCUGUAAGUCUGUCCUAGUCUGCACGGGGGUCUACAACCCCAACGCAGAGGUGCCGUCUGAUGCAAGUCACUGCAUCAAAGAGACUGUGUUCCACGGGCACCGGGACUUCAGAUUUGACCCUGCACUGGUGGAGCCCGGCCACAUUGUGCAGGAUGUGGCAGAAGCUGUUGACCUCAUCUUUGAGCAGGAGAAGUUUGUGCCUCAGUAGAGUUUUGAGCCAACAGGUUUUGUCCCAGUAGAGAAAGACGGAGGGGGGCAGGGCAUUAAACUGGGUAUACCACUUAAUGCAUAAAACCUCUAGGAGCCUAACACUGUGGACUUUGUUUGACAACCUGACAGGGCAUUGAUAAAUAUGGGUCACCUUCUAAACUUUCAACUUUGAGACAAACUUUAGAGAAAAUUAAUCAUGUAACUGUUACUGUCAACCGCUCUUUUGUAUUGUUUUUGUGAUAGUCUUUAAUUACACGUUUUUUUCUUUAAGGAAAAGUGUAAGAAAGGCCUUAUUUGACCCAACUAAGUAUUUUUUUAGAUGAUAGCAAUGUUUUAGAUAAUUACAAAUCCUGAAAUCAUCCUAUAUUUAUUACAAAGAUUUACCAGUGUUUUUAAGAAGCAUAUUCAGAUAACAUUUGACCUAUUAUUAUACAGGCUACUUUUUAUUAUUGCAUUUUUAGUCAUUUGUUUACCCAUUUAUCCUGGAAAAUCUAUGCAUGAAUAUGAGAGAAAUACUUUUACUGUAAAACAACUGUUUGAUGUGCAAUAUUGUCCUCUAAUAGUACUGCCUGUCUGCAUUUUGUCUAGAUGUGAGAGCGUUGACUAGUAUUUGCACAGAUCAUCUUUGACUUUGUCAGACUUUCAUCUUUGUUAAAUGUUACCAUAUCUUCCUGCCAUAACCUGAUUAGCAUAAUGUAGAAAUUCAUUUUAAUGCUUUAAAAUUUGAAUUCCAGAAGCAAAAGCUAUUUAGUACAAUGCCAAUCAAAAGAUUUUACCACUUCGUAAUUGAUUUGUAGUAAUUUACUCAUUGUAAAUAGCGUAACUUAAGAAAAUAUAAGAAUUAGUUACACACGU